CCCAGGAUGCUGAACGUGCCUUCCCAGGCUUUCCUGGCCCCCGGCUCCCAGCAGCGAGUCACCUCCCAGGGGCGCAGUAAGGUACCUUUAAAGCAAGGUAGAAGUCUUAUGGACUGGAUUCGACUGACCAGAAGUGGAAAGGAUUUAACCAGACUGAAAGGCAGGUUAAUUGAUGUAACUGAAGAAGAGCUUAAGACCCACAACAGGAAAGACGACUGUUGGAUAUGCAUAAGGGGACUUGUUUAUAAUGUCAGCCCAUAUAUGGAGUUUCAUCCUGGCGGGGAGGAUGAACUUAUGAGAGCAGCAGGAGCAGACGGGACGGAUCUUUUUAAUGAGGUUCAUCGUUGGGUCAAUUAUGAAUCCAUGCUGAAAGAAUGCCUGGUCGGCAGGAUGGCUAUGAAGCCUGCUGUUCCAAAAGACUGUCAUGAAGGAAAGAGAGUCUUAAAUGGCAUGCUUCCCAAGAGUCAAGUGACAGAUACACUGCUCAAGGAAGGCCCUAGUUCUCCAAGCUAUGACUGGUUCCAAACAGAGUCCUCAGUCACCAUUGUUAUAUACACCAAACAAAAGAAUAUCAAUUUAGACUCAGUAGUCGUUGACCUGCAAGAUGACACCUUGAGAGCAGAAGCAGUUAUCAAGGAUCAUUCUUAUCUCAUACAUAUUGGGCUAAGCCAUGAAGUUCAAGAAAAUUUUUUUGUACGGGCCAUUGAAAAUGUUGGAAAAGUAGAUAUUGUUCUACAAAAGAGAGAAAACAUUUCUUGGAAAUGUCUUGGUCAUCCCUUAGAGAAGCAUGAUUCCUUUAUUCCAAAGAAAGAUGCAGGCUUGUACUACAGAAAGUGCCAGUUAAUUUCCAAGGAAGAUGUUACUCAUGAUACAAGGCUUUUCUGUCUGAUGCUGCCUCCAAGUACUCACCUUCAGGUGCCAGUUGGGCAACAUGUUUACCUCAAGCUCAGUAUCACAGGUGCAGAAAUAGUAAAGCCAUACACACCCCUAUCUGAGUCCUUACUCUCAGACUUUAAAGAACCAGUUCUUCCCCCAAAUAAAUACAUCUACUUUUUGAUCAAAAUCUAUCCUGAUGGACUCUUCACACCAACAGAACUUGAUCGUCUUCAGAUUGGAGAUUUUGUUUCUGUAAGCAGUCCAGAGGGCAAUUUCGAAGUAUCUAAACUCCAGGAUGUAGAAGAUCUCUUUUUGUUGGCAGCUGGAACAGGCUUCACACCAAUGGUUAAUGUACUGAAUUACGCUUUGACUUCCAUGUCCAGCCUCAGGAAAGUAAAGUUGAUGUUCUUCAAUAAAACAGAGGACGAUAUAAUUUGGAGAUGCCAACUAGAGAAAUUAACACUUAAAGAUAAAAGAUUUGAUGUUGAAUUUGUUCUCUCAGCACCUUCUUCAGAAUGGAAUGGCAAACAGGGACACGUGUCACCAGCUCUUCUCUCUGAAUUUUUGCAAAGAAGUUUAGAGAACUCCAGAGUCUUAAUUUGCAUCUGUGGACCAAGGCCGUUUACAGAUGAGGGGAUAAGAUUGCUGCAUGAUCUUAACUUUUCCACUGAUGAGAUCCAUGGUUUUACAGCAUAAUGAAAAGCUGCCAUUGUCUUUUAUUCAACUAGUUUAUAUUUGUGAUUGCCUAGGAUUUUUU